GUGGCCCCAGCUCCAGGCUCCUCCUCUAGCCGGUCCCCCACCCUCCACCCCUUCUCGACUCUGCUCUGCAAAUCGAAGGCUUCCCGGAGCAUCCUAAGAGCGGCCGCCGGCGCAGCGAAGGCGGCAGGAGGAGCGCAGCAGCCUUCGGGCAGCCGCGGCGGCGGCGUCGCUAGAGCAGCCAGGGAGGCGCCGCGGGGCCCGGUGCGCCCUCCUCAGCUAGGAGAGGGGAGAAGCCGGGGGCUGCAGCUGGGCAAGGGGGAGGAAAGUGCGUGUGCGUGCGCGCCUGUGUGCGAGGCAGAGAGUGCGAGGGGCGACAGUCUCGGCUCCGGGCGAAGGAGAGGGCAGAGGAACUGGGGUGCAGCCCUCCGCCGUCCCCGAGGCUUUCCCGCGUCGGCCCCGGGCUUCCCAGCGCCCCUCACCAUGGACUUGCGCGGAGUUGGGACGGGCCUCCGCAGCAGUGCGCGGGUGGCUGCCGGGCUCUGGGGGAGCGCGGGCGCGCGCGCAGGGAUGGCGAGGUAG